UUGUAUUGGUCAAACAUGAAGAACGAUGACGAAGGUAUAUCCUCAAAAUGUGUUACCACCUCGCUAUCAAAAGGGGAGAAAGAAAAAAAAGCGCCAAAAUAAACAAAAAGAUGACAUCGGAGUACUGUCAUUGCUGGCGGCAAGCUUACGUCAUCAGACCACUGAGUUUUUCAACAAUUCAACAUUACAUGGCGUGCGGUACAUCGCGGAAAAAGAACGACCCUUUUGUGAGAAAUUCAUGUGGUUUAGCUUCACGGCAAUCGGCGCCGUGGCUACUUGCAUUAUAAUUGUAAGUCUUUGGGAAAAGUUUCAAACAAAUCCAACAAUCACAGGUUUGGACACAGAUUUCCACAAUUGGGAUGUACCAUUCCCUGCAGUUACUAUAUGCGACAAGAAUCCUCUUGAUGAAGAAUUACUACAGGAGUACAUCGAUAAAGUGUGGCCGGCUGGCGCGCCUGCAAAUGCAACAAGGAUGCUGCAGUGGCUGGCGACUCUAAGCUUCCGCUCUAUAGAAGAAAGCGCUACAACGUUCAUCACGCAGCACGAUCUAGUGGGCCACACUGCGAAUGAUGCCCCGGCACCUGCGUUGGAUCCCAAGGAAGCUGUUUUUAGUAUUGUUCAACGGUGUGAGGCUGCAUUUUAUGAUUGCGAAUGGAAAGGAGACUCGGAAGAAUGUUGUGAUUUUCUCGUGCCUGUCUUCACAGAAAUGGGAUUUUGUUACGCUUACAAUUCACGGCACGCGGAGAAAUCUUGGCCUUGGCAAUCUCAGGCGCAGAGCGAACUGUUUACCGAAGCAUACAUUCACGAGACGGAUUCAAAAUGGUCCUUCAUGUUUAAUUCAUUUCGUAAUACAUCUAUUAUAGACAUCUAUAUUCAUUCAACUGAGGAAAUGGCGGGAUUGGAACAAAGUGCCCAGCUCUCUUGGGACCACCGAGUAGAGAAAGUUUCGUUCUCAGUCAAACAUACGUAUACCACGGAGGAUGCGCGACAGCUUUCCAUACGACAGAGACGUUGUAUCUUCGCAGACGAGGUCAAAUUAGAAACAUCGUCUAUAUACACGUACUCGGCCUGUAUGCGACAGUGCCGGAUGCAAAGGAGUCGAUCGUAUUGCAAAUGCGUGCCACAUUUCUAUCCAAAAACAAAAGGAUACCGCCAAUGCACUGUACGUGAAUUGGAGUGUAUAGCUCGCUAUGCGGCCGCCAUCACUGACGUGAGUCGCUGCACCUGCGAGCUGGGCUGCUCCCACACCGUCUACGAGGUGGAGAAGCUCACUGAAAUAGACUCAAGCAAAGGUCCGGUGGCGUCUAACGCUCUGGAGACGGAGUUUGUUUCGUGGCCAAUGGUCAGGUACAAACGCGAGGUGCUCUUCGGAUGGGUUGACUUGUUGGUAUCGUUUGGCGGCAUAGCGGGUCUUUUCCUGGGCUUCUCGUUGCUAUCUGGAGUGGAGCUAGUGUAUUACUUCACGCUGCGCGCCUGCUGCGCCGCGUGGCGCGACGGGGACGCACUGCGCCGCGAGCGCGCUGAACGACUGGCACGUCCCAAGCCGCCCUACAACCUCAGCCUCGUGCCCUGGUGGAAGAAGCCGCCAGAACCACAAGAUGCACGUCCUCUGCAAGUGAAGGCGAAAGACUUGCAGCCGCCAAAGUAUUCCCCGCCUCCUCUCUACACACAGUACCUGCCCUGAUUUAACUUAUAAACGACCAUUUUUCUUUAAAGUAAUUUUUUAAAUAAAACAAAAAUUGACACAUAAAUAUUUACGUUUAUUAAAAUUUUUGGUCACAUCAAUCUAAAAGAAAUGUCUCUCGGAGAGAAAGAAAUUUUGAAACGAACUACAUCAUCAUGCAAAAAGAUUGGAUACAAAAACAGUCAACAAGUUCCAAAAUAUUCGAGUAGUAAAUACGUACAAAUAACAAGGUUCCCAAAAAGCACAAUAAUGCAGUUCAUUCGAUAAUAAAUUGAAAAGAAUACGUUUUCUUAACACAGUAGUGUGCGCGUAUCCUUACAAUUCUGAUUACAAUAGGACCUAAAAUCGAAAGCAACAAAAUCUUAGCGCUAAUUUAAUAGGAAUGGUGCAUAGCCUUUAUAAUACUUAACGAUCUAAUGGGUAUUUACGAUAUUGCAUAUUACUAAAGCAAUAAUUUACGAAGAUUUCUAAAAGCCAAACAAAAUGUUUAGAGCAUAGUAUAAAUAGAUUACAUUACAUUUAUUCUACAAUCGAAAUUAUCGUAAAAUUAUGUCAAAGUGCCGCAAUAAUCAAACCACAGCUGAGUUUCCUUUCAAAUAUGAAUAUUAUCAAAAAACUUAUUACCUCACUGUUUUAAAAAACUUUGUAUAUUUAAACAAAAUCAAUGUACCUAUAUUUAUGACACCACUGGUUACAAUGUGAUGAUACUUUGGUUAGAUAUUGAGUAUGCCAGAGAAAGUUUAUGUCCUAAAAAUGUUAUUUUUAAUUUUAAUAAAAUUUUUGCUUGCAUUACAUUUCUUAAUUAUUUUAACAUAUUGCCAAUGUUUUUUUUCAAUAAGAAUGAGAGUGAUGACGACAUUUUGUUCUUAUACAAGUGUGUCAACAGUGAAAACACAGGAGUAAUAGAGCUAAGAAGCUUUAGUAAAAUUAAACUAAAUAGACAAGACAGUAGGACCAGCCUAUCUGCGUUCAAACAAGGUAUUGUUAAAAAAAUUGAGAGCUAAAAACUAAAAGAUACGACAUUCUUAUAUGAAAAUAAAUUGAAAGAAAUUGUUUUCAAUGCAGCGAUUAAUUAAAAAUAAAAAUAAUUCGACAUCAAUCUUAGUUAUUCAUAAAUAUUUUUAACCACAUUUACUGGAAAAGAUUAUAUGUUACUUACGUUAGCUAUUCCUUAUAGUACUGUUAAAAUAGUACCAAUUAAUUUUAUAAGUACAAAUAAUAUAUAACUGUUGGAUAUUUUUACAAAUAAAUAUAAGUACAUUUAGGUAUUCAUGAAAUAAUUAUGGAUACACAGAAAAAAUCAUAAAAUUAAGUCACACAAAAGUAAGCAACGUAAAUAUUCUAAAUUAUUUCUUUUUAGGUUUAUGGCAGUAAAAUAAUUCUUACUGGCCUCUUUUACACUAUUUGAAAAAAAAAGAUGGCCAGAAAAAAGGUUCGCAACAUAUGGAAAUCUAUCAUUUCUGCCUACUCCUCUGUAUAAUGGCCAUUAGUGUUAUUUUUUUUUAACAGCCUCUAACUUGUUAUGUACUACAUCGACAUUGUUUCCAUUUUAAUUUAGUAACAAAUUUAAUAAUAAAUUUAAUUGUAUAAAAUUGCUAAAAAUUGUAAUUAUG